AUGGAUGCCACUGGUUCCCUUGUUCGAAAGUUCACCGGUCAAAAACGUUCUUUAUUGUAUUGUAUUGUUUUUAAAGAUGUUGACGAUCUAUCUCAAAUUAUACCUCUCGCGUCGGCUAUUUUAUGUGACCACAGUGUACCGUCUAUCGCCUAUUUUCUUAACAUCGUUAGAAAGAGUAUUGUUACAAUUGCGGACAAAUUUAUUCGUCCAUCGUUUAUUGUUAUUGAUUUUUCGCCAGCUAUCUUGAAUGCACUAUUGCAAACAUUCAACAACGAAGGAAUCAAUCUACAUUUAAAACGAUGUUGGAAUGUUUUGCUAAAGACCUAUUCAUCAGAGGAACUAUUUGCCGUAACAUAUAUACGAUUUUGUUGCGCUCAUGUUAUGAAAGCAUUCUCACGUAGUUUAAAAGCAGCAGAAGUUAAAAAGGACACAAGAAAACAGAUCAUGCACCUCUUCGCAUUUAUUUUAUUGUCCAUGACACUCGAUCAAGCUAUGCAACUACUGAAUGCUGUGAUACGGAUUUUCGAUGAUCCAUAUAUUGUUAGAUAG